CCGGUCACGUCGCGGUCGCAUUUUAAUGACGGCACGGCGGCUGUGUGGACACGCACGUCACGUCCGCUUCCCGUCACGUGGUUUGUGUGCGGCGGCGGCGGCGAACGGAGAGAGCGAGGCUGUCCAGGUGACCCGCGACUCCGUGACCCCUUGACCUGGUGACCGUGCGACCCCGUGACCGUGCGACCCCGUGACCGUGCGACCCCGUGACCGUGCGACCCCGUGACCGUGCGACCCCGUGACCGUGCGACCCCGUGACCGUGCGACCCAGCGCUCUGGUGAGGUCGCCAUGGGGAAGCGCAAGGAGAUGAGCGCGGAGCUGGGAGGACUCGAUAGCGGCGGGCAGGCAGGCGGCAGCAUUCAUUUGUUACACAAGAAAAAACACAAGAAACACAAGAAGCACAAGCGCCGGCGAGACGGGGUCGGCGCCGAAGGGGAGGUGAGCUUCUCCUCGGAGACGCUUGAGUCAGACUCCACCACUGGGAAGCCCCAGCUGAAGCUGAAGAUCAAGAUCGGAGGCCACAUGCUCAGUACCACCAGUGUGCCUCAGUACGUUGUGGCUGCAGGAGCACCCACAACUGCUGUCGGCACGGAAGAUGAGGAAGAGGAGUCCUUCAACCCCUGGAUUGACGACAGCGACGGGGACCCCCCAGCCCUGCCGGACGCUGAAUCGGGACCCGAGGAUGAGGAGGAGAAGCGCUGGCUUGAUGCCCUGGAGCGCGGAGAGCUGGACGACAAUGGGGAGCUCAAGAAGGAGGUGGACGAGUCCCUGCUGACGCCACGGCAGCGCGCACUGCUGCACCGUGACGCGGCGCCCACCCAGCCGCUGCUGGAGCUGCCCAUGGGCUACAAGGAGAAGGAGAUGACGGCAGAGAUGCUGAUGAAGCGCGCGGAGCGGGCGCGCACGCGCCGCCUGCAGGCCGCGCGCAAGGCCGAGGAGAGUCGCAAGCAGACAAUAGAGCGCCUCACCAAGACCGGCCGCGCCAAGUCCGGCGGCAAAGCCGGGGGCCGUGUGGGGGCGCUGGGCCGGCGGUGGCCCAUGGCCCCCACCGUGCGCUACUCCAGCUCCGCCUCCGAGGGGACCACCGUCUCCUUCCCGCCCGGCUUCCCGCUGCCGGCGCUGCUGGGUCCCGCACCGGCCCCUCCGCCCGCCCCCUCACAGGCGCUGGACUGCGGCGUCCCCGGCUGCACCAACAGGAAACGCUACAGCUGCGCUAAGACCGGCGUGCCGCUGUGCAGCCUCGAGUGCUACCGCAAGAACCUCGUGCUGCAGGCGCACUCGUAGCCGGGCUCCCAUGGAGCGGUGUUGCGGAGAGAUUUGCGAGCUCAUCCCGCAUUCCCGACUGUUGUACAUGGAGUGGACGAUGCGAUUAGAAAUCUUCCUUUUUGACUGUUGCUGUACAUAUGAAGAUAACCUCGAACAUGGAUUUUUAGCGGUCAGCGCCAUGGUCAAUUGUGCACAUAGCGGCAUUGUCACCUUCCCUGGGAGAGGCGCUACCUUAUGUACUCCAGCAACAAGGAGCAACGUACGGCUGAUACAGCAUCCUUCAGGCAUCCUUGCAUUCCCAUGCAAUGACAAUAAACAACAAAAUCUUCAGAACGCAGCCAAUUCAGUGAUGACCGAUGUCUCCACGUAAUUUACGUCGAGGGGGACAAGAAUCACUUAAUGGCACGAACUAUGUGCCAUUAAGUGAGGGUGAGGGUACGUUAGGGCACGUGAUGUUGGUAGCUUGGUGUGAUUGGCUACGAGUCGUUGCUCAAGCGAAUCCUUGCGUGGAGCAGCCUGAAGACCGGACACGUCGACAAGUCCUUGAUGAUGCCCGGAUACGAGAGGGGCCUCCACUGCUUUGACUGAACUCGUCAAUGCUGUUGAUGCCUAGAAUUCUGUCUUCAUUGUUGUCAUGAAUACAUUUGAGUAAAAGCGGCUUGAUUGUUCAGCGUGGCAUGAAAUGUUUAUCUAACACAGAAUUUGCUUUACAUAAUAAAUGCGCAUUGUUGCAGAAAGGCUUCACAUAAA